UGUCUCCGGACAGCGCUGGCCCCCGGCCUCUUAAGUGAGAUGGGCGCACAACCCUAGAGUCGGACACGACUGGCCCGUACGGGCAGGGGUACCUUUACCUUUACCUUUACUCCAACCUGCAUCUAAUAUCUUAUUGUAAAUUUAUGAGAUCUAUGGAUUUAGGGCGUUAUACAAAUUUAAUAAAAUAAUAAUAAUAAUAAUUAAAAACUCCCCCCUUCGCCUUACCUGCUAUUGCUGCAUAUUGCUGGCCAAAUCUCUGUAGAGCAGGCAACUUGCUGUUCACAUAUCCUGCUUCCAGCCCUUCAGUGGCACAAGAAAUACUAUAUCUAUACCAAAUUUGUUCAUGACAAGGCCAUAGGAACUCCUACUAGCGCAUAGCUGUCAACUUUUCCCUUUUCUAAGGGAAAUUCCCUUAUUCCAAAUAGGAUUCCUCACAAGAAAAGGGAAAAGUUGACAGCUAUGCGACUAGGUAUUCUUCCCUUGCCCUGCACUCAGUUCCCAUGAUUACCUGACACUAUGGUCCUCAGCCUAUCAGCACUCCUUUCUGUUCUUCCUGUUAAGUCCCCUGUCAGGCACUCUGACCCGCUUCCUGCUUGCCCAGUCUCUGCAUUCUAUUCUGUCCCUAAUCACCAAGGCCCGCCCACAUUCCAAAGGUAAAUCUACAGACUGUUGCUAUCAUCAGAAUCCUUCUCUCUCUGUAGGAGUCUCCUUCCCAUUUUGCUUUGGGCCCACAACAGGCCAUCUCAUGGGGUGCCUUAGUGCAUUCUUUCACCUGUCAGGGAAGAUGACAAGCAGUCUUCCCUGGCUGCUGGUGCUGAUCUCAUGGAAUGUGUUGAGUGAGACUGCAGGUCAGAACCCUCCACAGGGCUAUAGGUAUGCCUCCUAUGAGAUGAUUGUCCCAAGGAAAUUAACCCCCCGAUAUGGACAAAACCCCCACACUAUCACUUACUUGCUGCAAAUUGAGGGGAAGGGCCACAUCGUGAAGCUCAGGAAAAAGAAGAGCUUUGUGCCUAAACAUUUCCCUGUCUUCACUUACAGUAGGGAGGGGGACCUUCAGAUGGACUAUCCUUUCAUCAGAGAUGACUGCUUCUACCGCGGCUUGGUAAAAGGCCAUCCUGCCUCUCGAGUCACCCUCAGCACUUGCUCAGGGGGACUCAGGGGUCUGUUGCACUUAGAAAACCGCACCUAUGAAAUCGAACCUGUUCAGGCAUCUGCUACUUCUCAACAUGUGUUGUAUAGAUUGGAGGAAAUGGUGGGUGCUGUACGAAUGAGGUGCGGGCUAACAGAGGAAGAGCAAAGACGCCAAGAGGCCAUGAUCCAAAGCACAAAUAAUGUAACAGUUCAAAUUGAUGCGAGAGGAGCCUGGUGGACACAUACCAGAUACUUGGAGCUUGCCAUUGUGAUAGAACAUGAACGAUAUGUCAGGUUUGACAGAAAUGAAAGUCGUAUUGCUUUGCAAGUUCUAGAUAUUAUCCAUGCUGCAAACUCAAUAUAUGAGCCACUUGCUGUUGCGUUGUCUAUAGCUGGCCUGGAGAUUUGGUCAGAAAAGAACCUCAUGAAAAUCGAAGACACAAUAGAACAAACACUGCUCAAUUUUGCCAUGUUUGUAAGGGAGUCACUAAGUAAACAUAUAGAUCUUGAUGCUGCUCACUUAUUUGUAUAUAAAAGUUUUGGAAAUACACUUGGAUUAGCGUACGUAAGAACAAUUUGUCUUGCCCACUGGGCAACUGGUGUUGAGUCAUAUAUGACUUACAGUUUGUUUGAUUUUACUGUUAUAUUUGCCCAUGAAUUAGGACAUAAUCUUGGAAUGAAACAUGAUGAAAAAUACUGCACGUGUGAUCGACAUGCUUGCGUUAUGGCUGCAUAUGGAGUAACCACAGAUAAGUUUAGCAAUUGCAGUUACAAGGAUUACUUCUCAGUAAGGAACAGACAGUGUUUGUUAGUUCCACUAGACCCUGAUCUAAUGUAUAAAUUUGCAUACUGUGGAAACAAAGUAGUGGAAGAUAAAGAGGAAUGUGAUUGUGGCUCAACAGAGCAAUGCAAGUUGGAUCCAUGUUGCCAGUCUAAUUGCAUGUUGAGUCCAGAUGCCACUUGUGCUUUUGGAGAGUGCUGUGUUGAGUGUCAGUAUCUUCCAGUUCAUAAGGUUUGCAGAGAACAGGUCAGCAGCUGUGAUCUCCCCGAGUACUGCAACGGGACUUCAGAAUGGUGUCCUGAAGAUGUUUAUGUACAAGAUGGUGCCCCGUGUAGUGAUGGUGCAUAUUGCUAUCAUGGGAAUUGCACAACUCACACUAGGCAGUGCAGAAUGAUCUUUGGCAACAAAGCAACCGGUGCAUCAAAGGAUUGCUUCAGUGAAAUGAAUGCUCGAGGUGAUCGCUUUGGCAACUGUGGGCUUAGACAUGACACUUAUAAGAAAUGUGAUACUCAGAACAUCUUGUGCGGCCGAAUCCAGUGUGAAAAUGUUGAUACAGUACCUUCUUUGGAGGAACACAGCACCAUAAUUAACACACCUCUAGGCAAUAGGAAAUGCUGGAGUACAGAUUACCAUGCUGGAAUGGAGAUACCUGAUAUUGGAGCAGUGAGAGAUGGGACUCCUUGUGGCACAGAAAUGAUGUGUAUUAAUGGGGAGUGCAAGAAAGUGUCUCUCUUGAAAUAUGAUUGCAAUGUCACAAAGUGUCACAAUCGAGGAAUAUGCAACACUUACAAACAUUGUCAUUGUGAUUAUGGCUGGGCUCCUCCAGAUUGUCUCAAUGAAGGCUAUGGCGGCAGCAUUGACAGUGGACCUCCACCACCAGGGAAGGCUUCACAGCAUAUUGGCAUCAUCAUAGGAAUUAUAGCAGCAAUUGUAUUUCUUGUUUUUACUGUUGUUGCUAUACUUGGGCUGGGUAAUUAUUUCAGGAAGCACCCGAGAGAGCGGUUUGUAAAAAAACCAGAAAGAACAUAUGAAGAAGAUAUAAAAAAGGAAGAAAAUCCUGUCCCAACUGAAUCAGAGAAUUGA